CUUGCACAUAUUCCACAUUGACACUGAUCACUAUCAGACAUUUUUCUCAUGCCCAAAACUGCGACACGAAGUAGCAGGUAUCAUCAUGAAAACGAAAACAUGGAUGUAGCGGGAGACGAGGAACGGGAAGUUGAUGAACUAUUAGAGGAUAAGACAGAUACAGUCACGGAUAACCCGGAGCUGAUGGCAAAACUUCGCGAGGCAUGGCAAAUGAUAUGGCCGGUGCAUGUCAUCGUGGAAUGGGUCGAAAGACAGCCUGCGUGUGCAGCGUGCGUGUCACAAUCACGCAAGUGCUACCCUUCACCGCAACAGGGUUCAUUGCGUUGUAUGCCAUGUGCACGUUCAAGGGCCAAACCGUGUCCACUAAAACGCCAGUUCCAAAUUGAAAAGUCGGCUGAAGUGCUUCAGCUGACGGUUGAACAGGUCAAAGGGCUCGUACAGCAGGCGGACGCCUCUUCUUCGAAACUGCCGUCCGCACCUAGAGGUUCGCGAGCCAAGAAUGAUCAAGAACCGGCUCCCUCGCACAUUAUUUCUGCCCCUGCCCCUAAUCUCGAACCUCUUUCUCCGGCCUAUCCUUCCACCGUUCAAAAUACACCGCAACUACCCCAGACCGCUCCUACUGGCUUAACAGUCAAACUUCGAUCUUUUACCGGCCGGGGUGUACAUGAACAAAGAACCCACCUGGUGGAGCCCGAUCCAACACCUGGAACUCCCAUUCAUCAUUCCCAAGACUCCCAUGUCACCUUCCAGGAUGUAUCACCUGGCGGACGGGCGCUCAGCAUUCUUAGUUCACCACCCUCUUCUGUAGCAGAGCGCCUGUCAUCACCUGAUAUGAAUAACUCAUCCGUCAGAGAGGUUCAGCUCCAACCACCGGUGUUUCAAAAUGGUAAUCCAGCACCCACAGUUGUUACACUUGCUGGAAUCGAUGCUGGAAUCGAUGAGGAAUUCGACGAGAUUCCGGUUGUUUUCGCAAGCGAAUUGGAUCGCGCUGAAGAGGAGAUUGCACGACUAAGGUCUGCCUUGGAAGCACAGGAGAAGGAAGUCGCAAGGCUCCAACGUAACCUCAAACGACGAGACGAGCAACUCGAGGACAUCCGCGAGGAACUUGACGAAGUCAUUCAUCUCCCUACUCCUCGCGCAACGCCAGCCUCAGAACAUGAGAAUAGCAUGCGAAAGUACACUGCCUGUCAGUAUGUCGCACGAACUCUGAGAGCCCUGCGCGUAGAUGCUGAGACGGAAGAGGAGCGAGAGGCUUUGUUGUUAAAGGCAGAGCGUCAUCUUGGCAGACUUGCUAAUGUGGAGAUGGAUGGGAUGUGGGAUGCUGAGGCCGAUGCAGAUGCCCUCUUCACUGGUCUUGUCAAUGGGUCUUCUGCAAGAGCUGCGAGACACGCGCAAAGAGGAGCGGUCAAUCCUAGUUCAGCCAAGACUUCUGUGUCUGCAUCCACGAUUGCUCAGCAACGCCCGUCUAAACGGAGACGACGGGGGGACUCAGAUUAGCCAUGAUAUUGUUAAUAUCAGUGCAAGGUAUCCAAACCCAUGUUUCGAUGCGUGUACGAUGUUGUACACUUGCGCACGCAUGAUAUACGCACGUAAUAGCAGAUAUUUAGCUCGAGUAUUGUACGGAAGUGUUGUGCAAGUCGUUUACUACGGUGGAUGUGUAUUGUUAUGCUACUGAUUUACGCGGCUCUCUACACAGUUGUAACUUAGAACCUUCAAGUUGACGUCGACAUGGAUUAUGAUUCGGGGCAAUCAGGCUCGCUGACCUCGCAUCUUGUCCGUAC